AAUACACAGUAAUACAGAACCGAACAGAACAGAACCGCACAGACGCAGGGCUCCAGCUAUAAGCAGCCCAGAGAGGACCAGGCAACAGAGAGAGAGAGAUUGAGAGAGAGGUAUAUAAAGAUAGAGAACCCGCUGUCCACCGAGCCCUCAAGAGGAACACCUCAGAGACUGAGGGAGAGAGAGGGGUGAUCAAAAAGAGAGAAACACAGAGGGGAGGAGAGAGGAGAGGACACAGGAGAGAGGAGAGGACACAGGAGAGCGGAGUGGACACGGCAUCUCCACGGACACAGAGAACUUUCUGCAGCGCACAAAUCUCUCUACGAUGGUCUGCAUUCUACGCCUUCCUGAGCUACUCAAUUAUUAAUCUUUCCCUUCUCAUCUGAUGUUGAAACAUAACUUUUCCUUUUAAAAGUCUGAGAGACCGACGUCUGGGUAUUUCUUACCUACCAACAUACUGCUGGCUGUUUUUCUGUCUGUGCAACAGAACAGGCUUUGGGUCUUACCAGUGUGCCUGAGUGUGUGUGUGAGUGUGUGAGUCGGUGUGUGAGUCGGUGAGCGUUAGUGAGAAAGUGUGUAACUGAGCGUUUGAGUGUGUAAGUGAUUGAGUGAGUGUUAGUCUGAGUGAGUGAAGGAUUGAGUUUUGGAUUCAAUGUAAGAAAGGCCGGACGACAGGUACUGUACCUCUAACUUAAAAGUGGCUUCAUCUUUCCUCACAGUUUUCCCCAUGAGGAUUCUCUAAAUGGGACUUUGAAAUCUCUACUCUAAGGGCCUCAUCAAGAAGAUAUGUGUUUUCACACUGGAUAAUUUUAAAGGGUACAUCUUUUGCGUGUAAGGAGCCAGUGAAGGAGACAUUUCUCCACCUUGGGCUCCUGUCAUCUCUUUGAAGGAGGCAUUCCUGUCACAUAUAAUGAACCUUUGAGAGACACUUUGUUCUACUCUUCUCUACCCCAUCAGGAGUGGGUGAGGAGGACAGUGGCAGAUCAGCUCCAGUGAGGCUCCAGUGGCCACGUCGGCCAGUCUCUGUCAGGAUGGCUGGCUGUACCUGCCGCUGCAGACAGGGGGUGCUGAAGUUCAUUCAGUCUCUACGCAGACUUGUCUCUGGGACGCUUACCAAAGACAAGAUUGAUGAUGAGUUGGAGAUGACCAUGGUGUGUCACAGGCCAGAGGGUCUGGAGCAGUUGGAGGCCCAGACCAACUUCACCAAGAGAGAGCUACAGAUCCUCUACCGAGGCUUCAAGAAUGAGUGCCCGAGUGGAGUGGUGAAUGAAGAAACAUUUAAACACAUCUACGCCCAGUUCUUCCCCCACGGAGAUGCCAGCACUUACGCUCAUUACCUCUUCAAUGCGUUCGACACGACAAGCAAUGGAUCCAUCAAGUUUGAAGAGUUUGUAAUGGGACUGUCUACACUGCUGCGGGGCACUCUGAGAGACAAGCUGGAGUGGACUUUUCAUCUGUAUGACAUCAACAACGAUGGCUACAUUAACCGAGAGGAGAUGACUGAGAUUGUGAGGGCCAUUUACGACAUGAUGGGGAAAUAUACCUACCCUGCACUCAAGGGAGAUGUGCCGAAGCAGCAUGUGGAUGCUUUCUUCCAGAAAAUGGAUAAAAACAAAAAUGGAGUUGUGACUUUAGAGGAAUUCAUUGUCGCAUGCCAGGAGGAUGAAAUGAUGAUGAGAUCCAUGCAGCUCUUCGAAAAUGUGAUGUAAAAAGGGCGCCGGGCGGAAGGAAGGAGAGAGAGUGUUGAAAAAAUCGAGAGAGAAUUCUGCGUGUGUGUGCUUCAGUCCGUGCGCUCCUGUGCGUAUGUCCGAGCACGAGUUUUGUUUAUCUGUGUGUGUCUGUCAGAGUGGAUGAAUGUGUAUGUAUGUCUAUCUCUCUCAUCUAACUUGUCAGCGUCCCUGUGUUUGCCAAAUAAUGUCUCUGCCUGGCUCCAUGCUGUUCUAUGGAUCAGAUGAAGCCAGAACCGCCCAAAUGACCAGCUGAGAGCAACAAGCUCUCACAGUCUCACUGCAGAAUUAGACAUUCAUCCACGUUCUCAAAACGUCAAAUUUCUAAGUGUUUUUGUUGCUCAUGCUGCUCUGUAUCGUUCCAUUUCUCCAAACAUCAAAUUUAGAAGUUAAGGGUUAAGUUUAGGCACUCAUUCUGAAUGGUCCUCAAGUCAAAUUUCCACGUCAAUCUUGAACGACCUGGCUGCUGAGAGACCCCUGGACUUGAUUGUCAUAUUGCUGAGCCCGGGAGCAUGCAGGUGAAUUAUCUGGAUAAUGCUUCCUGCCUUUUUAUGUGACAUGAAGGUUUGUAAAUCAGAUGAUCAUACAACACAGGCUGAAGUGUGAAACAGCUGAGAAAUCUCAAACCUAUACGCUGCUCCCCGCUUAAUAUGUGGAAACCCUACCUCCGGAAACUACACUGGGCUACUUUGGGUUCUUUUGACUUUGUUCUUUUUGCCAAAAUAGAUGCAUGCUUGACCCAGAGGGAUAUCUCCCAUAGAAAUAGAAUAGUGAUUCUACUCUAUGCGCCCGACCAUACAUGUGCUUGACCGGGACAUGGACCUUUAAUAACCUCUUGACCUCUGUAUUUAACUCAUGCGUCCAGUGAAUGAUUUAUGGACCAAUAUGAUCUACUUAUCUACUUGUUUAUUAACGUGUUUAUGCUGUAAAAUAUGAGGUUGUCCGAAUGUAUUAUUUGUUGGCUUUAAGUGUCAUAUGUCGUGUCCGUUUGACUAUUGUCGUGGUGACCUCCGUACCUCUGUGUUGGCUUUGCUGUCGCUCUCCCGUCUAUUCCUGUAGUUGUCUGUCUGUCCCUGGCGGAUGCCUGUUAUCAUGUGUGCUUACAAAUACACCCAAUAGACUUGGUUUAUGACUAUGAUGAUACAUCAUCUUGUAUGUUGGCUGGAUCUAACUAAUGAUGGGAAAUGACCAUCUGCGUAAUGCAAUGUGAAUGGUGUGACUUAUCUGUUGAAGUGUGCAUUUACAGUAUAUAUGUGUCUAAACCCAUUGAGGAAAACAGAAAUGUGAACUAAGUAUUAUUAUGGAGUGAGGGAAUGUGUCAGUAAAACAAAGGUAUGGAGAGACACUGAGACACAGCUAUAAAACAUAUAAAAAAUUAUCACAGACCAACGCCACCACUCUUCUAAUGUCGAACAAUUAUUAUUUUUCUUCAAGGAAUUACUCAUUUGUGUUGACUUUGUCGGUUUCUCCUCAGUGUGCAAGAUGGUAAAUAUAUUGAAUUAGUUUAGCUCCGGGUUUCAAAAGGGCAAAACAAUAUGAAUACAAAAUGUAAGCAACAGGUGCACCUCAUACAAAACUCUAUCUCAGACUGGGACCGAUGGAAAGAUUUAGAUUGGAGAGAGUUUCAGCUUUCAUGUUAUGUUGUACAGUGCAAAUGCUAUCAAUAAAAUGUUUUAGAGAAUA